ACCUCUCUUUCAUCACUCGAGUUCUUUUCUCCACCAUGUCGGCAGCUCUACUACUCUUUUGCCACCAGCUUCAGACGAAAGGAUUGUUCUUCUAUGUCUUGAUGGCGAUUUGUUUCAAUGUGCCAAAAAUCGGUUGUCAAGUGUUACCCAUGCAAGCAUCUACCAAGAAUAUUCCUCACCAAGUAUUCGUUGAUUGGCUGAUACAAACCAGUUCGCCAACUGCUCUAGCUUCCAACAUUAGUGAGCAUUGCAUCCAUCACACACAAUAUUACUUAACAGCACUCAAUCGACAGCAAUCAUGGGCAGUAAAAAUGUACGAAUCUUCUGGGCGAUUGGCGGAGCAGUUAUUCAAUACUGAUAAUCAAAACGUGCACCACAGUACGGGUUUGUUUGAUGAAUGCCUUUCCAUCCAGCCGGAGGAUGAGCCAUUUCAAGGGCAAUAUUGCACCGUUUUCUUUGAAAAUGAAUCAGUCCGGGAACACGAAAACGACCAUGACUAUCACAGCCAGGCUAUCCUGGAAACGGGCAAAACGGCUGUUUGUAAAGAAGGAGAACCCAAAGAACAUAAAUCAAAUUUUUUAAUGCCUAGUGUUGGCUUUUGCCUUCCGUCUACUUGUAGCGCAAGUGAUUUGCGCUCUGCUGUUGCUCAACUGGUAGGACAACAACUCAUCAACAAGACUAAUUUCACUAUGGUGGUCAUUACAAACGAAAAUUAUUGUUACUCACAAAACAAGAUCAACACCAACACGAUACGCGACGAUAAGCUUGCAAUGACCGUAAUAACUGCCUUUUGCCUCCUGAUUGCGCUUGUUUUAACAGCUACCAUUCACGAAAUUUGGAGUGGGGCAUCGCCGAGCUGCUCGGAUGUUGCGCAACAGACCUUCCACAUUAAAUUUCUGCAUUGUUUCUCGGCAAAAAGAAAUUGCCGAAUGCUAUUCUCGACCAAAGAUGAUGUCAAGGACAGUUUAGCCUGCUUGCAUGGUAUCCGAGUUGUAACGACUUGUUGGAUCGUUUUGAUACACGUAGCAGGAGAAUUCACUCAGCGAAUGAGUUACACUAAACAAUUGGAUGUAAAGAACGCAUCACGAUGGGAAUUUCAAAUCUUCACAAAUGGAUUGUUUGCGGUCGAUACAUUUUUCUUGAUGAGCGGCCUUUUAGUCGCAUUUACGCAAAUUCGCCAGCUGGAUCAACAUGAAGGUUUCUUUAAUAUCAAACGUUUCUACAUCCGCCGAUUCGUCAGGUUGACACCAGUCUAUGCGUCCGUACAGAUUUUCUUAGCGACGUUAUGGUCGUACGUUGGGACGGGACCCGAUUGGAAUUACGUCCAGCAAAUGAGCAAGAGCGUCCGUCAAAACUUGUGGGCCCACAUGCUUUAUAUUAACAACUACGUUGCCGUAAUCGAUCAGCAAUCGAGUCUGAGCAAUCCGUCGACGGGCAUGAUCGAGGCGUGGUAUCUCGCCUGCGAAAUGCAAAUGUUUUGGAUUAGCCCACUGUUUGUCUACCCGCUCUGGCGUUGGAGGAAAACUGGUCUAAUAUGGACAACGACUUGUUUGCUGUUUUUCUCAGGAUUUUGCAUGGCUCUGUUUAUAGCCUACGACAUACCACCGACCGUCCUUUUCAAUAGACCGUCAGCAAUGCAGAAACUCGAUGAGUACUGUCGAAAACAUUAUCACCAAACCAUCGCGCGAAUUCCACCAUACGUAAUGGGGAUUCUACUUGGAUGGUUGUUACAUAAGAACAAAGAUAGCAAAAUCAACAUCAACAGAUUUUUAGUCAUCGCAGGAUGGGUGGUAUCUUCAUCGAUUGGUUUGCUCGUUAUUUAUGGUAUGAUGCCUUACCUGGAUGUGGCCAAAACUCCUGUAAUCAAUUCCUUCGUCCGGGUUUCGUACGGAGCGUUUCAUCGUUCAUCCUGGGCGAUGGUCGUCGCUUGGCUCAUAUUCUCCUGCACUCACGGAUACGGAGGCUACAUUCACACUUUCCUAUCGUCAAAGUUCUUCUUGCCUUUAAGCCGGUUGAGCUAUGCAGUCUACCUCGUCCACUUCGCUUACGUCAAAGCAUAUGUCUCUCAUAUGCGUAAGCCUAUGUAUAUAACGGAAUAUUAUUUUUUCACAUCUUAUCUGGGAAUAUUGAUGAUCGCCUUCAUGUUGGCUUCAGUCGUAUUCGUCAUCAUGGAAAUGCCAUUUAUGAAUUUGGACAAGCUUCUAUUUCCAAACAGCCGGGAAAUUAAGAAGACAAAAAAAGAAGGUGUAACCGGCUUGCUAACGAAGAACAAGUACCACUAAUAUACGCUGCUGAUGUUUGCUGCACUAGAAGAAGGAUAAAAGAUCAGUUAGAAUUUACGUGCUGUUCCUUUGAAAAAUGAGACAUACGGAUAUCAUAAAAUACAUGUUUUGUUUUUGGUUUA